UUUCUUUUAACUUCAGGACACUAUUUUUUUUCUAAAUUUGUCAUGUCUAUGUGGCGAAAUAUUCUAGGAAGGGUGCGGCCCCAAGCAUUGACAGGAUGCAAAGGUUUUGGACUGUUGCAGAAUGGCAUCGAAGGAUUUCGUGGAUUCACAUAAGUGUUCCAAAGUGGAUAAUGGAGGCUGUCAAAACAAAACUCAGUGCAGCCCUAAAAGUAUAGCCAAGCCCAAGAAAGAAAAGGAAGAACCAUUCCAGUUUCAUCACCUUCUGAAGCAACCAGCAGAGUGUUGUGCCGAUCCCUGCCCAGAGAGAUUCCCCACCUUUGACGAGUGCCUGUACAAGGAGUCGGAUAAAGCUGCCCGCAAGUAUCAGGUCGCUUGGGUAGAGUGCCCGCCCAUUCAAAUUAAACCGAAAAAGAUCUGCUGUUUUGAAAAAGGCAAGCGGCCACCGAUUCCACGACGCAAACGUAAGGAGCCGAAAGCCAAGUGUGAGGAGGAAGUUCAGUGUCCAGAGGAAGGCUGUUGUCCGAUAUAUGUUGGCCGAUUCUCAGUCCUACACGUUCUGCAUAAAAAAUUUCGGUCGAGCCGUUUCGGAGUAGUUUGGUAACAAACACCACACUCGAGAAUUUUAUAUAUAUAGAUUCAUCAUUAUGGCGGCGCAUUUGUGGUUUAAGAAGAACCGUUUUAGCGGGGCGCCAGCGUUCUGUCGCUGUCGCCGAGUGUGGUUCGGUGGAAGGCGCGCACAAGAAUUGUGCGUCUCGAGUUCAGUCGUUGUUACAACUCGAGUGCGACCGAACUCGCUGCGCUAAUUAUUGAUCAAGAAAAUAAUACACCAAUCAGUUU